GGCGAUCUACGCUUGUAGGACUUGUAGAAUGAACAAUUUUAAUUUGGACUCUCUUCUCCUCAUCAAAGCCGCUCCCUUUCCAGCCCAUCAUCAUCUCCGUCUCUCGAUCAAUCGAUUAAUCUUAGAGGGUUUAGUACGGAUCCCUCCAAAUUCAAUUGCUCUUUGUGUCCUGUUCCGUUUCUUUUUGUCAAACCCUGAUUCGAAGAAUCGCUCAGUGAUUUUCUCACUGUCGGACCAAAUUAGGAUAUGGGUUCUCAAAUUCUUUGAUUGGGGCCAAAUAUUCUCUCAAUCCCUUGUGUUUUUCUAUUUGCCGAAACCGGUAACUGGGUCUAUGGCUACGCCUAGUAACGGUGGAGACUCGGACGAGGCUAUUCCACAGUCGUUACCGCUGCCCUCGUUCAUGGCAUCCUGCGCUUUGAGUAACUCAGCGUUGUUGCAGCAGUUUCAGCAGUUGCAGCUGGAGGACAUCGUUGACCAGUCGCCGUGCUCGGCGAGUGCCUCAGCGUUGUUGCAGCAGUUGCAGCAGGAGGACAUCGUUGACCAGUCGCCGUGCUCCGCGAGUAACUCAGCGUUGUUGCAGCUCUUGUACCAGUCGCCGUGCUCUGCGAGCAACUACGCGUUGUUGCAGCUGGAGCCGGAUAUGCUAUAUGGUUACAUGAGUGAUGCGUCAGAUAUGAGCGGGCCCACAGAUUUUAGCGGGGCAACAUCGAGCGGGGCCACAUGGUAUGAUGGAAGUUGUGAAUUUAACUUGCCCCCAUUCUGGGAUGACCCAUUCUGGGAAGAUGUAGUCCCGCCUGAUGAAGUUGAGGAAGUAGAAACUCGGAGAGAGGGAAGAGGGGAAGGUGAAAUGGAAGAGGGACACCUGAAUUCCGCCGGGUGCUUGAAAAAGGGGAAAAACACAUUGGGGUAUGAUGAAGUUGAGGAAGUAGAAACUCGGAGUGAGGGAAGAGGGGAAGGUGAAAUGGAAGAGGGACACCUGAAUUCCGCCUGGAGCUUGAAAAAGGGGAAGAGAAAGGUAAGGAGCCCAAGAGGAGAGAGAGGAAACAAGAAAACAACUGGAGCUAGAAUUGAAAUUUCUUUGGAUGAUAUCUUACAAGUUGAAAAAAUGCGUCUUCAAGAAGCUGCUAGGCACCUCAAAGUUAGUGCAUCUACACUGAAGCGUGUUUGUCGAGAGCAUGGUAUCUGCAGGUGGCCACCUCGCAUGGGGAAAAAUCAUAUCAACCAAUCUGGCCCCAGUGAAUCUCUUUUGGCUGUUGAUCAGGAGGGAAUCGCACAACAGAGGCCCGAUACGCCAAGGUCCGAUACGCCAAGGUCCGAUACGCCAAGGUCUUCUAACACAAAUAGUGUGAUUAUAAAGGCAAGAUAUGUGAAUGAUUGUACAAUAAAGUUUCGGCUGUCUAGACCUUGGGUAAUGGUAGAGCUAGAGCAACGAGUACAAAAAAGGCUAAAACUCGAGGCUGGAACUUAUUACAUCAAGUACAAAGAUGAAGAUAAUGAUCUGAUUAUAAUAGCUUGCGAUGAGGACUUACAAGAUUAUAUAUCCAGCUCAAUACCGCAAGGCUCCACUUCUAUUGAGGUACUUCUGGUGCCAAAGUAGCUGAUGAUUUUGGCGUUGACCAACUUGAAUCUUGGUAAUUAAGCAUUCCCCCCCUUCCUUUGUGACUUUGUAACAGUGUUUAUUACACAGUAGAUAUGUUUAGACUAUCCUGUUCUAUUGGAUAAGUACUGCAUUAAGAUUUUCUCAAAUGACAAAAGUAUUUGUGUUUC